UUUUUCGAAAUAUAAUGCACUGUAAUACUAAUCUUCAAACUGUGAUAAGUCCUAAAAUUUUUUCUGGUUAUUAUAUGGUAUAAUACACAUGAGGUGUUCCCCACGGAAACAUCCAUUAAACUAACUCUUUUUUAAGACACUCGUUUGUCCAUGAAUGAGUCCCAUGCCAUGACACGUGUUCCAUGCUGAUUUGCUUAGAAUCAAUCCAGCAUUUAAAGGAAAAAAAUAAAUUAAAAAGAGCCAAAAAUAUGAUAACUACAAUAAAUCAAACAAAAUCCAAUAGCCACUCCAAAGUCAUAUAAGAACGACCUGCCGAGAAUGCAGCAGACAUCGCCACCUUUCCGCCCAUGCAUCUCAGCUGACUCCCCCUUCAAAAUCUCAUUCCUCAAACAAACGUUCAACUGCAAAGAACGCAUGCUCUCCAUGAAACCUUGACGACGUGAACAGUCUCAUCGUUCUGUUCAGAGACAUGAGAGUGGUGGUAGAGAUCCUGACAGGGACGGUUUCCUACAUAGAUGUCGGCGACGAUGCCAAUGUUCGUGAGCUGAAGACAGAGAUUGCGGCCCAGACAAAUCUGCCAUAUGAACGCCUGAUCUUGCUCUUGGACACUCCCGGGGACUAUGAGUGCCAUCUGAUCGAGGAUGCUAAGGAUGAAGCCUUGCUCAUCGAUGUGGGGGUCAACGAUGGGGCACGCAUCUAUCUCUUCUUCAAGCCCCUCGAUUUUCUUAGUACUCGUGAUGAUCGUACAAAUGGUAAUGCUGGUAGUGAAAAUUCCAGGCUUGACGAUAAUCACGACCAGAUUCAACCCUUUGCAGUUGGUGGCCCCAGUAGUCCUCCCUUGAAGUGUGAACCAUCGGAUAUAGGUUUAGUUCAGAAAAAUGUUGCAUAGAUUCAGUACAUACAGUCAGAUUAAAGUUUCAGUAUAAUGUGAGGUUUACGUCCACGUAUAACCUCGAAGUUCUGUGUAUAAGACCAGAUAAAUCUUGUUCUGCAAUUACUCUUGAAUAUUGGAUAGUUAGACCGUGUGUUGCACAUGUCACCACUCCAAAAACUUUGUUUCUAUUGAGGCUGAAUUAAGCUUUCGAGGGACUAA